CUUCUAAACCUUGUUCCUAUCAGAACACACUAUUUUAAAAUGAUGGAUUACCAGCAUGGCAUAGAUUCCUCAACGAGAAGGACAAGGAGAAAGACCCAUUGGGAUUUCAGUGGCUGGAUUGCAAUCUUUUUUAAGACUAUGCUAGGGAAAAUUUAACCAUUUGGACCCACUCCACCAUUGUUUGUUUCGUCGUUCUAUAUAUGUUUUUAAGGGGUGUUUGAUUCCUUGGGGAGGAGGGAAUUUUUAAUGAAGUUCCAGAGCUUGGGUAGUGUACCUUUUGGGUUUGUAGGAUAGGACCACUUUCCCAACUGGUUUGGGGUUUGGGGAAGGCACUAGUCGUACAAAAGUGUAAGGUCAGUCGACAAAAGUAUUUAUAGAGCCAAUAAAGUACGAGAGGACAUCAAAAGGAAGAUAAAUGAUAACGUCCUGUGUAGAAGGAAAAAAAAAGUUGUGCUAGCUAGUGCCAGGUGUUUAUAACUUAGGAUAAGUCAUCCAUUACAUCCAUUUGAACUCUGCAAUUGUCAUUCCUCUGCAAGAGAAACCAUCCCCUUUUGAUUGAAGAGUUGGGAUCUCUGUCUGCAUCCAAUCUGCAGCUGACAUUAAUAAGAAGAGUAGCAAUCAUGGGCAGAGCACCAUGCUGUGAUAAAGCCAAUGUGAAAAAAGGACCAUGGUCCCCUGAAGAGGACUCCAAACUCAAGGCCUACAUAGAGAAGCAUGGAACUGGAGGCAAUUGGAUUGCCCUACCUCAGAAAGUUGGUUUGAAAAGAUGUGGAAAGAGUUGCAGACUUAGAUGGUUGAAUUACUUGAGGCCAAAUAUCAAGCAUGGAGGAUUCUCAGAAGAAGAAGACAAUAUCAUUUGUGGCCUGUAUAUCAGUAUUGGAAGCAGAUGGUCUAUUAUUGCAGCCCAGUUGCCAGGCAGAACUGAUAAUGAUAUUAAAAACUACUGGAACACAAGAUUAAAGAAGAAACUGCUUGGAAAACGCAAGGAUCAACACACCCGUCGUCUUGCUGCUGCUGCAGCAAUGGCUGCAGCAAAACAUGCUCAAAUGAAUGACCUAAAAAGGUAUGUCCCUUCAGAAGCCAACAAUAGCACAAGCGUAUAUGCAACACAGCCUGCAGCAGUAGAGCAGCAAAUGAACAUGAAUGUGAGUGGCCCUUAUGCUAAUUUCAGUCAUGGGAUAACUCCCCAGUUGUUUGAACAAACCACUUGUGCUGAAGCACCCACCAUUGCUGAUACCAGGCCAAGCAUUCAAUCAUCUAGAUUUCAGCUAAACCUUCAACAAGCCUUUGAUCAUCAAAUUUUAAUGCCUGAUAACAAUACUUCUUUUAGGAAGCUCAUAGAGAGGCUUGAGGCUUCUCUUAUUGAUCGAUCAAACAAUAUGAAUUUCAUGACCACCUCUCAAAUGCACACAUCCAACUGCAUAACUAGCAAUAAUAUUAACAAUACCUCUCUGCAAAUACCACAUUCUACUGAGUAUGACACAGCCUACCCUCCAUUGGAUUAUGGAAGAUGCAUUGAAAAUGAAGUAAAAUUAGAAAGCCCAUCACUAUUACCUGCAGCUGCAUUGCCUCAUAAUGACACUUCACUAGUGUUUUCUGCAUCCUCUAUCAGCUCUGGUUCUCCUGAACCAAACUAUCAGUCAGCUUGGACAAAUACUCUCAAUGUUGAGAACAACAACACCAUGAACAUGGAAGCAUGUGAAUUCUCAAUGGAUAUGAAUGAUCUUCUGUACUGCACGUACAACAACAGUAGCUCAGUAUUCCCACAGCAGAAACAAGAAUACAACAAUGGGUAUGGGCCAUCUCUUGGCAAUGGCACAAUGAAUACGUCUGCAUGGACCACUGAUAUGAAGUCCUCCUCUAGCAGCAGUAUUUAUCCUUACACUUUGCCAUCCGAAAAUGGCCUGCAUGAAGGUAUUUAUGAUCAGGAGGGUGCAAUGUUUGAAUUAUAGCAGGAAGUACCAGCAAAAAUAAAGCUUUUUUUGAGUGUGUGUACAUACUGUAAGUAUGUUUCGAAAUCCAUAGAUAUUAUAAAAAUAAAUCUGACUUGGGUUGAUGCCAAUCGGCUUGUAACAGUACCAUAUUUUCUUUGAAUCUCCUGUAGUAGUCUACAUUAUAUUCCUUCCUCCACGAAUUUACUUGUUUGAGCUCAGACAACA